CUCAAAACCAUACCUCAAAGAAGAUUGAGUUAGUUUGUUUGUCUGUUUAUGUUCUGCCCUCUGUUUUCGUCUUAUAGAAAAGGUUUAUGGUUAUCUCUAUGGAUUUGAUGGUGUCCACAAGCAGUGCACAAGAAGGGUUUUGCUUAAUUCAACAAUUUCAUCGCGAGUGUAAACGAAGCAAUAAGCUUGACGUCUCAGGUCGUACGACUUGUAAUAUUAGGUCUAAGUCCUCUCUUGGGUCACGAAAAAGGAGCCGACUUGUUCUUGCUUUCGCGGCCUCCAGGGUGGAGAGUUCCGGUCUUAAUGGCAGAGCUCAGAAGUUCGAAAAUUCGCCUUCUGGGAUUAGCAAUAGUAACGGUAAUAAUGGUCAUUUCAGCUCUUCGAAUUCGUCUUUUGUGUUGGAAGAUGUCGAGAGCAACAACCAUUUGCGGCAGCUGGUUAGAGCUGGAGAAUUGGAGGAAGGGUUUAAGUUUCUGGAGAACAUGGUUUAUCACGGUAACGUCCCCGAUAUCAUCCCGUGCACGACACUGAUCCGCGGAUUCUGUAGGAUGGGUAAGACGAGGAAAGCCGCAAAGAUCUUGGAGAUUCUUGAAGGUUCUGGUGCUGUUCCUGAUGUUAUCACCUACAAUGUCAUGAUUAGUGGCUACUGCAAAGCCGGGGAGAUCAAUAACGCUUUAUCUGUUCUCGAUAGGAUGAGCGUUUCCCCGGAUGUUGUCACUUACAACACGAUCUUGCGUUCUCUUUGCGAUAGCGGGAAGCUAAAGCAAGCCAUGGAGGUUCUUGAUAGGCAGCUUCAGAGAGACUGUUAUCCGGAUGUGAUUACUUACACUAUAUUGAUCGAAGCUACUUGCAAAGAUAGUGGUGUUGGACAGGCGAUGAAGCUUCUUGAUGAAAUGAGGGAGAGAGGAUGUACUCCUGAUGUUGUGACUUACAAUGUUCUCGUGAACGGUAUUUGUAAAGAGGGGAGAUUGGAUGAAGCGAUUAAGUUCUUGAACGACAUGCCGUCUUAUGGAUGUCAGCCGAAUGUUAUUACGCAUAACAUAAUCCUGCGGAGUAUGUGUAGCACAGGGAGGUGGAUGGACGCGGAGAAGCUUCUUGCUGAUAUGUUACGUAAAGGCUUUUCGCCGAGUGUUGUCACUUUCAACAUCUUGAUUAACUUCUUGUGCAGAAAAGGCUUGCUUGGUCGAGCGAUUGACAUUUUGGAGAAGAUGCCUAAACAUGGAUGCCAGCCUAACUCUUUGAGUUACAACCCGCUGCUUCACGGGUUUUGCAAGGAGAAAAAGAUGGAUAGGGCUAUAGAGUAUUUGGAGAGAAUGGUCUCUCGUGGUUGUUACCCUGACAUUGUGACCUACAACACUAUGCUCACGGCUUUGUGCAAAGAUGGGAAAGUUGAAGAUGCGGUUGAGAUACUUAAUCAGCUUAGCAGCAAGGGAUGUUCUCCUGUUCUAAUCACUUAUAAUACCGUCAUUGACGGGCUUGCAAAAGCAGGUAAAACAGGCAAAGCGAUAAAACUGCUAGACGAGAUGCGUGCAAAAGAUCUAAAGCCUGACACAAUCACCUAUUCUUCUCUGGUUGGAGGUUUGAGCAGGGAAGGAAAAGUAGACGAAGCCAUUAAGUUUUUCCAUGAGUUUGAGCGGAUGGGCGUUAGGCCAAACGCAGUCACCUUCAACUCUAUAAUGCUGGGUCUCUGUAAGUCUCGGCAAACAGACCGUGCCAUUGAUUUCCUGGUCUAUAUGAUCAACAGAGGGUGUAAACCGACCGAAACAUCGUACACAAUUCUGAUAGAAGGCAUAGCUUAUGAAGGUAUGGCAAAGGAAGCUCUGGAGCUACUCAAUGAGCUUUGUAACAAGGGACUCAUGAAGAGAAGCUCCGCAGAGCAAGUUGCCGGAAAAUGCAGCAGUGAGUAGUUCGCUCACUAGUCAGUCCUCUUAUGUUGAUUUAUGCUAAGAGAACAACAUUUCAUUGGUUACUCUCUAGCUCUUAUGUCUUAGGUUCAGUUUUGGAUGUCAGAAUUUUUGUUUUGGAGUUUGCAUCAUAUCAAUAUGAUUCAGUUGUUACCAUUA